CGCUUUGGGAACGGGGCGGAGCCUGCGGGACGGAGCCGGAGAGCGGCAGUGCCUGCUGGAGGCGGGAGCUUCCGGACCCUGGGAGGGGGGGGUCCCGGCGCAGCUGCCCUGUCCAGACCAUGGACCCUGAGGUGUCCCUGCUGCUGCAGUGCCCUCCGGGGGGGCUGCCCCAGGAGCAGAUACAGGCCGAGCUGAGCCCAGCCUACGACCGUCGCCCACUACCAGGUGGGGACAAGGCCAUCACUGCCAUCUGGGAGACCCGGCUACAGGCCCAACCCUGGCUCUUCAACGCCCCCAAGUUCCGCCUGCACUCAGCCACCCUGGUGCCCAUUGGCUCACAGAAGCCACGGCUGCUCCUGCGCCUGGGCCUUACUUCCUACAGAGACUUCCUGGGCACCAACUGGGCCAGCUCAGCUGCCUGGCUGCGACAGCAGGGGGCCACUGAUUGGGGUGACAGGCAAGCCUAUCUAGCAGACCCACUGGGGGUAGGCGCUGCGCUGGCCACUGCGGAUGACUUCCUUGUCUUCCUGCGCCGCUCUCGGCAGGUGGCUGAGGCCCCUGGGCUGGUGGACGUGCCUGGUGGGCACCCUGAGCCUCAGGCCCUGUGCCCUGGUGACAGCCCCCAGCACAAGGACCUCCCUAGGGAAUUGGUGGUACGUGAACUCUUCUCCAGUGUCCUGCGGGAGAUCUGUGAUGAGGUGAACCUGCCAUUGCUCACCCUGAGCCAGCCCCUGCUGUUGGGCAUCGCACGCAACGAGACCAGUGCCGGCCGAGCCAGUGCUGAGUUCUACGUCCAGUGCAGCCUGACUUCUGAGCAGGUGAGGAAGCACUACCUGAGUGGGGGACCUGAGGCCCAUGAGUCUACAGGAAUCCUCUUUGUGGAGACACAGAAUGUGCAGAGAUUGCAGGAGACCGAGAUGUGGGCUGAGCUCUGCCCCUCCGCCAAAGGCGCUAUCCUCCUCUACAACUGGUCCAUGGAAGUCCAAUCUGAGUGGCCCUAGUGUCCCCAGCCCUACCACUAAUGCUCUGAAGACAAUAAAAGACUUUAUUCUUUGA